GGCAAGCCGUACGUCUUUGACCGCGUGUUCCCCCCGAACACCACGCAGGAGCAGGUGUACCACGCGUGUGCCAUGCAGAUCGUCAAGGAUGUUCUGGCCGGGUACAACGGCACCAUCUUUGCCUACGGACAAACGUCAUCGGGCAAGACCCACACCAUGGAGGUGGGGCAGCGGGCACCAUCUUCGCCUACGGACAAACGUCAUCGGGUGAGCAAGACGGGGGCUGAGGGGGCCGUGCUGGACGAGGCCAAAAACAUCAACAAGUCCCUGUCGGCGCUGGGCAACGUCAUCUCGGCGCUGGCCGAGGGCACGAAGGCGUACGUGCCCUAUCGCGACAGCAAGAUGACGCGGAUCCUGCAGGACUCUCUGGGCGGGAACUGCCGCACCACCAUGUUCAUCUGCUGCUCGCCCUCCAGCUACAACGACGCCGAGACCAAAUCCACGCUCAUGUUCGGCCAGAGUGCCCCCGAGUGCCCCCAGUGCCCCCCGAGUGCCCCCCGCGUGCCCCCCGAGUGCCCCCUGCACCUCACGGGGGCUGCGCUGGGGUCCCCAAAUCUGGGAGGGGAGGGGAGGCAGGAUGACGAGAUCAACCAGCAGAGCCAGAUCAUGGAGAAGCUCAAGCAGCAGAUGCUGGACCAGGAGGAGGUGCUGGCGGCGGCGCGCGGCGGGGGCGAGGCGGCGCGCCGGGAGCUGGCGGCGCUGCGGGCCGAGCACGGCGCGGCGCGGGCCGAGGUCACCGAGGCCCCUGUGUCCCCUGUGUCCCCUGUGUCCCCUCUGCCCCCUGUGACCCCUGAUGACGAGAUCAACCAGCAGAGCCAGAUCAUGGAGAAGCUCAAGCAGCAGAUGCUGGACCAGGAGGAGGUGCUGGCGGCGGCGCGCGGCGGGGGCGAGGCGGCGCGCCGGGAGCUGGCGGCGCUGCGGGCCGAGCACGGCGCGGCGCGGGCCGAGGUCACCGAGGUGCUGGCGGCGCUGGAGGAGCUGGCCCGGAGCUACGACCGCAAGGCCCAGGAGGCCGAGGACACCGGGCGCCACAACCGCCGGCUCGCCGACGAGCUGGCCCGCACCGAGGCCACCACGCUGUCGCUGGAGUCGGAGCUGUCGCGGGCGCGGGAGCUCGGGGGGCAGCAGCGGCGCCGCGCGGCCGAGGUGCUCAACGGGCUGCUGCGGGACCUGAGCGAGCUCAGCGCCCUCGUGGGCAGCGGCGACAUCAAACUGCCGGUGGAGGUGAGCGGGGCCAUCGAGGAGGAGUUCGCCGUUGCCCGGCUCUACAUCAGCAAGAUCAAGUCAGAGGUGAAGUCGGUGGUGAAGCGCUGCCGGCAGCUGGAGAGCCUGCAGGUGGAGUGCCACCGCAAGCUGGAGGUGACAGGGCGCGAGCUGUCCUCCUGCCAGCUCCUCAUCUCCCAGCACGAGGCGAAGAUCCGCUCGCUGACCGAGUACGCGCAGAGCCUGGAGCUGCGCAAGCGGCACCUGGAGGAGGCGCACGACGCGCUCGGGGAGGAGCUGGCCAGGCUGCAGGCGCAGGGUGGGGGCGCGGGGGGCGCGGGGCCGGUGGAGGUGAGCGGGGCCAUCGAGGAGGAGUUCGCCGUUGCCCGGCUCUACAUCAGCAAGAUCAAGUCAGAGGUGAAGUCGGUGGUGAAGCGCUGCCGGCAGCUGGAGAGCCUGCAGGUGGAGUGCCACCGCAAGCUGGAGGUGACAGGGCGCGAGCUGUCCUCCUGCCAGCUCCUCAUCUCCCAGCACGAGGCGAAGAUCCGCUCGCUGACCGAGUACGCGCAGAGCCUGGAGCUGCGCAAGCGGCACCUGGAGGAGGCGCACGACGCGCUCGGGGAGGAGCUGGCCAGGCUGCAGGCGCAGGAGGCUGCACAGGGGGCAGCUCGGAAGCAGCGAGAGCAGGAUGAGACCCAGGACACGGACGAGGUCAAGGCGGCGCUGGAGCUGCAGCUCGAGAGCCAGCGCGAGGCCCAGCACAAGCAGCUGGCGCGGCUGCGGGACGAGGUCAACGAGCGGCAGAAAACCAUCGACGAGCUGCGGGACCAGAACCAGAAGCUGGAGCUGGAGCUGGAGCGGCUGCGGGCGGAGCACGAGGCGCUGCGGGCGGAGGAGCGGGCCAAGGCGGCGCGGCUGCAGGAGCUCACGCUCCUCUACGAGCGCCACGAGCAGUCCAAGCAGGACCUCAAGGGGCUGGAGGAGACCGUGGCCCCCCCCCCCCACCCCGGGGAGGGCAAUAACCCCCCAAAUUCCUCUCUGCCCCCCUGGAAGCUCCCGGUCCUGCGGGUGGGGGCACCUUCCUACCUGCCCCCCCGGCUCGGCUGUGAGUGGGUGUGGAUGUGCCGGUGCCGGUACCGGCGUGUGCGGGUGUCGGUGCCGGGGCCGGUACCGGUGUGUGCGGUGCCGGUGCCGGGGCAGUGCGGGGACAGGGACAGGGGCAGGGCAGGCUCGGGUGGCACGGGCGGUGCCGCAGCGGGUCCGGGCGGGGUCCCAGUCCCGGUGGGGUCCCGGUGCCGGUUCUGCCGUGUCGCACAGCUGGUCCGUGGCAGCGCGGACCCCGCGUUGCGAGUCCCGGGGCGGGCGGGUGCGGAGCAGCUGGUCCGUGACAAUGCAGACCUGCGCUGUGAGCUUCCGAAGCUGGAGAAGCGGCUGCGCGCUACGGCUGGGCGAGUGCAGGCCCUGGAAGGGGCGCUGAGGGCGGCCAAGGAGGGGGCGCGCCUGGACAAGCGGCGCUACCAGCAGGAGGUGGAGCGGAUCCGCGAGGCCGUGCGGGCCCGGGGGGCGCGGAGGGGGCCCGGAGCCCACAUCGGUACGGGGGCACCGGCACCGGGGGGCGGGGGGCACGGAGCCCGCAUCGGUGCUGCCAGAGCCGGCUCCGCUCGCAUGUCCAGGUGUCACCCGUGUCCUGUGCUCGUGCCACGCUCGCCCCGUGCGGGGGGGGGCUGCCCCCCCCCAGGACCCCCCCGGGACCCCCCGAUCGGGGCUUGGGCCGCGGUGGGGGCGGCGCCGGGGCCGCCCGAGCUGCCUUAA